AUGGCGCUGCUCUGUUCUAAAGACAGCUCACCCAGAAAUCACACAAGUGAUAGAAACCUUUCAUUUUAUCUUUACAAAAGCAGACUGUGCCAGAGAGUAGUGUACCAAGACAGAUACAAGUAAUUCCCUUUUGAGACAAAGGCAGGGUGGGGUGAGAGAGAGAAGGAAGGAAGGAAGGAAUUGAAGAGAUAAAGAGAAAAUGUAGUAUUUGUGUACGGUGCUCUGAAGAGGUGUAAUCAUAGAUCAGAGGAAGCCUGGUAGUGGGGAGACGAUGUGGGCACGGCCGGGGAUGGUCACUGUCGUACCUGCAGACAGCCUGACCCCUGAGAAAGAUCCCUGCAGGGAAACCCCUUAGGGAUGGACAAACAGGACAUGGCUUUAAAACACACCACUGCAAGGAAACCUCCUCCCAUCAAUAACUAAUGGGCAGCUCACAAUACAGGAGAGAGCCAGUCUACUAAGGGACGGCUGGGUGAAGAGACAUUUUCACAGGAAAAUAAAUAAUUUCAGCUCCGCUUGCCUGUGAUAUUUCUGCAUUGUUCCUCUUCUGGUCUCAGUCCGUAUUGAAUUACUCAAUCAUAGCAGAACUGUUCUGGCUGUUAGAGAGCUGGUAUUAGGCCGACGCUUCAGGAGAUUACACAAAAUCAUUUCAUUUUUAAUCACAGCUCACGGCUGGAGGGGUGUGCAUGUUGUGCAGUAGGUGUAUGCACAAGACAAGCAUGUUUGUGUGUGCACUGUGAAUACAUGAGAAUGAGCUUGUUUGGUGUGUGUGUGUGUGCAUGUGUCUGUUGUGUUGUGUAUGUGAAUUUGGAACAUCCCCUUGUUCUCACAGCUAGUCCCUAUGUCCCCCUUUCCCCCUGAGGACAGAGAGGUUUCUCAGCAGGUUAUUUUUAAUCUAGAAACAAGGGGGGAGGCAUUAGGCCAGACCUGUACGAUACUGACCACAUACAUGGAGGAGUGGGAGGGAGGGAGUGAGGGAGGGGAAGGGGUGUAGGGGAAGAGAGCUAAAAGGAGGGGAAAGAAGCAGGGUCUAUUUGGCACAGUACUCUGUUUCUCACUGUUUAAUGUCCCUCUCAGUAGUGACCGUACCCCCCCCCCCCCCCCCCCCCCCCCCGUUACAUUGAAGCAGUGCGUAGAGCUAGUUGAUUUAUACAUGACACAGUUCUACUGCCUCAACCAACUGAACACGGGGAGAACUGUGACAGUAUUAAAAUGUCUCUGGGUCUACCGUUGAAGUGUGUGUGUCCUUCUUUACCAUAUGUGUAAUAACAUGUUGUUCCGCGUCUGUCUUCACAGAGGUCCUGAUGAACACUAAGACAGAGACGUCAGAUCUGAGAUGGACCAUCUACUCCCAUGACAACCCUCAGGUGUGUAUACUGACCCCCAAAUGUAUCCUCUCAUUCUCUUCUAUUUUCUCACUGGGAGAUUCUCAAUUGGCGAAAAGUCUGUCCUCUCCUCGACACCUCUGUCCACAAUGGUCUGGGUAGCCAUUUGAUUAGCUUGAGGGUAGUCUUAUGGCUUGAGGGUAGAAGCUGUUAAGAAGCCUUUUGGACCUACACUUGGCGCUCCGGUACUGCUUGCCGUGCGGUAGCAGAGAGAACAGUCUAUGACUAGGGUGGCUGGAGUCUUUGACAAUUUUUAGCGCCUUCCUCUGACACAGCCUGGUAUAGAGGUCCUGGAUGGCAGGAAGCUUGGCCCCAGUGAUGUACUGGGCCGUACGCACUACCCUCUGUAGUGCCUUGCGGUCAGAGGCCGAGCAGUUGCCAUACCAGGCAGUGAUGCAACCAGUUAGAAUGCUCUCAAUGGUGCAGCUGUAUAACUUUUUGAGGAUCUGAGAACCCAUGGAGUGCAUUAGAGAUGGCAUCAUCUGUGGAUCUGUUGGGGCGGUAUGCAAAUUGGAGUGGGUCUAGGGUUUCUGGGAUAAUGGUGUUGAUGUGAGCCAUGACAAGCCUUUCAAAGCAUUUCAUGGCUACAGACGUGAGUGCUAUGGGUCUGUAGUAGGGGUGUAACGAUUCGUUUUAACAACGAUUCGAUUUGUAUCACGAUUCGUGGUUGUCGAUAUGAUUCAAGGACGAUAUUGGUUCAUUUAGAACGAUACGAUCCGAAACGAUUCAGUGAUUUGAAAUCGAUUCAGUAACCUUUUAGCGAAAAAUUCAACCAGUGUGACUGAAAUAAAUACCUGGAAACUGGACAGUGCAGGUGAAGUUUCCUAGAUUCCUGUUUCUUGUAAGGACCGCAAUGGUGGCUUGAUAAUUUCUCGCUCGUCGGCUUCUCCUGUGUCGUCCGCCAUGCUAUGUUUUGUUGUCUUGGCGCCUUUGCGCUGCUGCUGGCGCGAUGACGUCACGGAUAGGCAGACUGAAUCGAGUAAUGUUUAAAGCCUUUAUCAUUAAAAGUGCUAAGAAAAAACAUCCAUAUAAAGUCUGACGUGCUUAAAUCCAAUGGGUUAUUUCCUAGUAUCGAUACAAUCGAUUUAUUACAUUUUAAAACGAUGUUAGAUCGAUAUAUGUUGUCCAAAAGGCCAACUUGCCGAGCACAGAUCGAUGUAGUUGGAUCAUAGGAAUAUACAUCGAUACAUCGAUGUAGUAGAUGGAUCGUUACACCCCUAGUCUGUAGUCAUUUAGGCAGUUUACCUUAGUGUUCUUGGGCACAGGGACUAUGGUGGUCUGCUUGAAACAUUGGUAUUACAGACUCAGUCAGGGACAGGUUGAAUAUGUUAGUGAAGACACUUGCCAGUUGGUCAGCGCAUGCUCUGUGUACACAUCCUGGUAAUCCGUCUGGCUCUGCGGCCUUGUGAAUGUUGACCGGUUUAACGGUCUUACUCACAUCGGCUAUGGAGAGCGUGAUCACACAGUCAUCCGGAACAGCUGAUGCUCUCAUACAUGCUUCAGUGUUGCUUGCCUCGAAGCGAGCAUAGAAGUGAUUUACCUCGUCUGGUAGGAUUGUGUCACUGGGCAGCUCGCAGCUGUGCUCCCCUUUGUAGUCUGUAAUAGUUUGCUGCCACAUCCGACAAGCGUCGGCGCCGGUGUAGUACGAUUCAAUCUUAGUCCUGUAUUGACGCGUUGCCUGUUUGAUGGUUCGUCGGAGGGCAUAGCGGGAUUUCUUAUAAGCGUCCGGGUUAGAGUCCCGCUCAGUGCGGAUGUUGCCUGUAAUCCAUGGCUUCUGGUUGGGGUAUGUACAUACGGGGGGGGGGGGGGGGGGGGGGACGUCAUUGAGGCACUUGAUGAAGCCAGUGACUGAUGUGGUGUACUCCUCAAUGCCAUCGGAAGAAUCCCGGAACAUAUUCCAGUCUGUGCUAGCAAAACAGUCCUGUAGCUUAGCAUCUGCGUUAUCUGACCACUUCUUUAUUGACCGAGUCACUGGUGCUUCCUGCUGUAGUUUUUGCUUGUAAGCAGGAAUCAGGAGGAUAGAAUGACUAUAUGAUGAUGUUUCAGUGAUGGUAUUACUGUCUAACCAUCUCUUCUCAGUGGGAGGAGGUGAGUGGUCUGGACGAGGAGAACAACAGUGUGAGGACCUAUCAGAUCUGCCAGAUGGACGGCGCCUCCAGCCAUUGGCUGCGCAGCGGGCUGAUCCAGCGUCGGGGAGCUUCCCAGGUGUACGUGGAGCUGCGCUUCACCGUGAUCGAGUGUUCCUCCAGAGUCACACACCACCGCAGUUGCAAAGAGACCUUCAACCUCUUCUACUACCAGGCCGACACUGACGAGGCUACACCUACACACCCAUCCUGGAUGGAGAAUCCCUAUACUAAGGUACACAGCUAUAGUAACAAUGGCGCCGGAGGGAAUGGGCUCCUAACCAACUGUGCUAUUUUGUGUGUUUUUUUUGCAUUGUUUGUAACUUAUUUGUACAUAAUGUUUCUGCUACUGUCUCUUAUGACCGAAAAGAGCUUCUGGAUAUCAGAACAGUGAGUACUGUGACAGUGUGGGACACUAAUCCGGACCCUUAUAAGUAAUCCCGCAAUGCCCUCAGACGAACCAUCAAACAGGCAAAGCGUCAAUACAGGACUAAGAUUGAAUCCUACUUCACCGGCUCUGACGCUCGUCGGAUGUGGCAGGGCUUACAAACUAUUACAGACUACAAAGGGAAACCCAGCCGCGAGCUGCCCAUUGACGCGAGCCUACCAGACGGGCUAAAUGCCUUUUAUGAUAGCUUCGGACGACUGUGUGAUCACGCUCUCCAUAGCCGAUGUGAGCAAGACCUUUAAACAGGUCAACAUUCACAAGGCCACGGGGCCAGACGGAUUACCAUAACGUGUACUCAGAGCAUGCGCUGACCAACUGGCAAGUGUCUUCACUGACAUUUUCAACCUCUCCCUGACCGAGUCUGUAAUACCUACAUGUUUCAAGCAGACCACCAUAGUCCCUGUGCCCAAGAAAGCGAAGGUAACCUGCCUAAAUGACUACCGCCCCGUAGCACUCACGUCAGUAGCCAUGAAGUACUUUGAAAGGCUGGUCAUGGCUCAUAUCAACACCAUCAUCCCGGAAACACUAGACCCACUCCAAUUCAUAUACCGCCCCAACAGAUCCACAGAUUAUGCAAUCUCAAUCGCUCUUUCCCACCUGGACAAAAGGAACACCUAUGUGAGAAUGUUGUUCAUUGACUACAGCUCAGCGUUCAACACCAUAGUGCCCACAAAGCUCAUCACUAAGCUAUGGACCCUGGGACCAAACACCUCCCUCUGCAACUGGAUCCUGGACUUCCUGACGGGCCGCCCCCAGGUGGUAAGGGUCGGCAACAACACAUCACCAACAAACUAUCAUGGUCCAAACACACCAAGAAAGUUGUGAAGAGGGCACGACAACACCUUUUCCCCCUCAGGACACUGAAAAGAUUUGGCAUGGGUCCCCAGAUCUUCAGAGGGUAGUGCGUACAGCCCAGUACAUCAUUGGGGCCAAGCUUCCUGACAUCCAGGACAUAUAUACUAGGCGGUGUCAGAGGAAGGCCCAAAAAAUUGUCAAAGACUCCAGCCACCCUAGUCAUAGACUCUUCUCUCUGCUACCGCACGGCAAGCGGUAUCGGAGCGCCAAGUCUCGGUCCAAAAGGCUCCUUAACAUCUUUUACCCCCAAGCCGUAAGACUGCUGAACAAUUAAUCAAAUGGCCACCCGGACUAUUUACAUUGCCCCCCCCCCCUCCUGCUUACACUGCUGCUACUCGCUGUUUAUUAUCUAUGCAUAGUCACUUUACCCCUACCUACAUGUACAAAUGACCUCGACUAACCUGUACCCCCGCACAUUGACUCUGUACCGGUACCCCCUCGUUAUUGUUAUUUUAUUGUGUUACUUUUUAUUUAUUUUUUACUUUAGUUUAUUUAGUGAAUAUUUUCUUAACUCUAUUAAUUGAACUGCAUUGUUGGUUAAGGGCUUGUAAGUAAUAAUUUCACGGUAUUCGGCACAUGUGACAAAUAACAUUUGUAUUUUAUUUUAUUUUGUAUACACACACACACACUAACAUACACACACACAUCAACAGUCAACAACAAAACCCUCCUCGAUGGAGAGAACCCCUACACCACGGUCAACAGCUGUACACAUACUGACAUACACAGCUGCCCUGGAUGGAAAACCCCUACACCAAGGUACACAGGUACUGAACACACACGGACCCACUGGAAUGUGAGCUCUUCAAAUAGACUGUUGGGAUGUAGGAUUCCAUGUAGAGAUAUUACUUCCUGUGUUUGUGUUGACCGUCUGCCUCUCCCUCCUGUCAUCCUGUAGGUGGACACAGUGGCUGCAGACUUCCUGCUGAGGAAGGGCGGGGAGCGUAAGUUCAAUGUGAAGACCCUGCGGCUGGGGCCUCUGUCUAAGAGGGGUUUCUACCUGGCCUUCCAGGCCCAGGGAGCCUGCAUGGCCCUGCUGUCUGUCAGGGUGUUCUUUAAGAAGUGUCCCGCCCUGGCCAGCUCCCUGUCCUCCUUCCCUGAGACCGUGCCCCGCACCCUCGUACAGGAGGCCCAGGGGGUGUGUGUGGACAACGCCGCCCAGCAGGGGCCCCGGCCACGCCCACCCAAACUAUUUUGUGGAGAGGAUGGCCAAUGGGUGGGCCAGCCCACUACUUCCUGUGGCUGUCUGCCCGGGUACGAACCCGCCGACGGACACACCCGCUGCUCAGGUAAGGAGGGGGGCGGUUGGAAGACAAGAGAGUAUGGUAUGCUGUCUCAUCUGUUUAGGUGGGAAGCUAUUCUCUCUGUCCUUUCACACACACUCAAUUCAAUUUCAAUGUCAAUUUAAGGGCUUUAUUGGCAUGGCAAACAUGUUACCAUUGCCAAAGCAAGUGAAGUAGAUAGUAAACAAAAGUGAAAUAAACAAUAAAUAUUAACAGUUAACAUUACACUCAGAAGUUCCAAAAGAAUAAAGACAUUUCAAAUGUCAUAUUAUGUAUAUAUACAGUGUUGUAACAAUGUGCAAAUAGUUAAAGUACAAAUGAGAAAAUAAUAAACAUAAAUAUGGGUUGUAUUUACAAUGGUGUUUGUUCUUCACUGGUUGCCCUUUUCUUGUGGAAGCAGGUCACAUAUAUUGCUGCUGUGAUGGCACACUGUGGUAUUUCAUCCAGUAGAAAAGGGAGUUUAUCAAAAUUGGGUUUGUUUUCAAAUUAUUUGUGGAUCUGUGUAAUCUGAGGGAAAUAUGUGUCUUUAAUAUGGUCAUACAUUUGGCAGGAGGUUAGGAAGUGCAGCUCAGUUUCCACCUCAUUUUGUGGGCAGUGUGCACAUAGCCUGUCUUCUCUUGAGAGCCAGGUCUGCAUACGGCAGCCUUUCUCAAUAGCAAGGCUAUGCUCACUGAGUCUGUACACAGUCAAAGCUUUCCUUAAGUUUGGGUCAGUCACAGUGGUCAGGUAUUCUGCCACUGUGUACUCUCUGUUUAGGGCCAAAUAGCAUUCUAGUUUGCUCUGUUUUUUUGUUAAUUAUUUCCAAUGUGUCAAGUAAUUCUCUUUUUGAUUUGAUUGGGUCUAAUUGUGUUGUUGUCCUGGGGCUCUGUGGGGUCUGUUUGUGUUCAUGAAGAGCCCCAGGACCAGCGUGCUUAGGGGACUCUUCUCUCUGUAGGUGAUGGCUUUGUUAUGGAAGGUUUGGGAGUUGCUUCCUUUUAAGUGGUUAUAGAAUUUAACGUCUCUUUUCUGGAUUUUGAUAAUUAGUGGGUAUCAGCCUAAUUCUGCUCUGCAUGCAUUAUUUUGUGUUUUCUUUCCGUUGGACACUAAGGGUAUUUUUUUUGCAGAAUUCUGCAUGCGGUCUCAAUUUGGUGUUUGUCCCAUUUUGUGAAUUCUUGGUUGGUGAGCGGACACACGCUCUCUCUUUCUCACUCACACAGAGAGAGCUGAGGCCUAAACAAUGAAACAAUGGAGAGGUGGCGGGUGGGGUUGGAGGGCGGGCGGGGGACAGAAGAGAAGAGGCUUACAGAAGCAGUAUUACCAGGGAGCGUGAUGGGGCAGGGCCUGGGAUACUGAGGGGACUGAGGGAGGUCAGGGGGAGAAGGGCAGAGGUCAGAGGUGAGGGCGGUGUCACAGGGCUGGGCGGCUGAGGGUGGCGUUUAGGACAUGUCAGGACUGUCUGUCAUACCCAGUUACACAGCCAUUAAUGGAGGGAGGAGAAAAGAGGAGGAAGGAGAAGAGAGGAGGGAGGGAGGGAGGAGAAGAGAGGAGGGAGGGAGGAGAAGAGAGGAGGGAGGGUGAAGGUAAAGAAUCUACCCAUUACCGGUACAUCAAAGCCAACCUGACAACAGAGAGAGAAGCAGGGGGGUUUUCUCUCUGGGGCUCUACAUCUCCCAUAAUGAGAUGAAUUAUCCAUGUACAGCCACACACACACACAGGUGGCGAGAGACAGAUGGACAGAAAUGCAGAUAAAAUGUUUUACUCAUUUCCUCUUGCUCUAUCUUAUCCUCCUCCAUUUCAGUGGUUAGAUGCAGUGUGUUGCUGCUCUGACAGGUCACUCUCAGCAGGUCACUACAGGCACACCACAGCAGAGGACUGAAAUGUAGGAUAAGAGCACGAUAAGGCAAUAAAUCUCUGCCAUGCUAACACAAGCACACACAAGCGCACACACACAGUGCAGACCAUUCCUCUUCCUCAUAUCCACACCAUCACACACAAAAUGCCACAGGCGGUGGGUUGCCUCUGUCUAGCUAAUUACUGUGCUCUUAUUUCACUCUUUCAAUGUGUGUCUAUUGUGAAAUGGGCCUCCACCUGUCUCCCACUCCCCCCUGGAGAAAUGGAAAGGGAGGGUCACAAUAGGGUCACAUUUAAGGUUGCAAAAUUCCGUGAACUUUUCAAUAAAUGUCCCUGUUUUUUCCGAAAUCCCGGUUGGAAGAUUCCCGGAUUGAGGAAGGAAUAAGCAGGAAAUCCGGAAUCCUCCAACCAGCAUUUCUGGAAAACCAGGGGAUUUAUUGAAAGUUCCCGGAAUUUUGCAACCCUAGUCACAUUCCACACACUACUCUAAGGAGAAAGGUAACACACUCUCUCUCUCUCCUCUCUCUCCCCUCCUCUCUCGCUCUCUCUAUAUCUCACACGUUGCUGCCUCACUAGCACAUCAGCAUAAACACACAGCCAAGCAUAUAAUUCAGCAGACAGUGUUUUAGCUAACUUCUAUUGCUGUCUUCUUGUUUUAAUGUACCAAGUUUGUCAUCUCUCUCCACCAGAGAAGAGGGAAGCGUGUGGAAAAAGGCAGCGUGUGUGUUGAUGUAUUGAGAGUGUGCCAUCAGCGGGGGGGAGAUAGGCCAUAAAGCUCUUUAAGUGGCCCGGCUCGAGCCUAUCUGUUAGCUAUAAACUUCUUCCCCCUGCAGCAUCCCACCAGCAGCCAGCCAGUUAGAGGGUAUUUAUGAACAGCACUCUGAUGUCUCUGUCUCUGGGUGGCUGUGUUGCUCCCUGUGCUCUGGUCAGAGGUUAGGUCUGUUAGGGGAAACUACAGAUGUAGGAUCUUAAUUUGAUCACUCUUUUGUUGCUGAAAAUUUUCCUGCAAACUUGUAGUGUAUUUUAGUUUUAGAAAGGCUCUUAAAGUUUGUAAUUUUCACUUUGAUAUUUCAGACUUGAUUUGCCCUAAUGAAAAAUUCAAAAUUCCUGUUGCUGCAGGAUUAUUUUCCUGCUGUAGCAAACUGGCUCAAUUUAAGAUCCUACAUCUAUCAGUAUGACCCUAAGAGCAGCUCCACUCUCUGUCAAUGCCUUUUAUUAAGAUACAUUGUAGACUCUAUGCAAUAUCGAGGUAAGGUUUCUUUUAUUAUUCUUUUGUGAUUCUUUAGAGAUACUUUUGUGUUGUACUCUGUAGCUGUUUGCACAUUUUUUUAACCCUGCACUGCUCAGGUACAUGUGCUCUUCUUAUACAAAGGACCAGCUCAGACACAAUAGGGAGAGAGGGAAAGAGAGAGAGACAGGUAGAGAGAGAGAGAGAGAGAGAGGUAGGGAGAAAGAGAGAGGGUGAAAGUUAUUCCCUGUACACGGAUAACAAAGAGAAAGUAUAUUUAUACUGUCUGGGAAAGGAAGGCCAGGGCCACUUGAAUUGUAAUGAUGUCAUCUUAUUCAGUGAUUAGGCUGACGCAGGGCUUUUUUCUGCCGACAUGUAGCUUCCUGCCUGGCAGAGUUAACACCUUAACUGUUUAGCCUCUCUAUUUGGUUAAUGAUAACUUGGCUCCUGUGAGUCGUAGAGUCCUCCACUGUUAGGCAACCUGGCUUUGUUUUAACCCUACAACAACCCAUUAAACACAGACGCUGUACAAGUAGAAUAACAACCAAAACUGUAGCCCUACCUCACUACUGAUGAUAAGCGUUACCAUGUUAUUCGAUAAAGUACAAUAAAAUCCAACUUUAUUGUCCCUCAUGGGGAAAUACAAUUCGUAGAUAACAACUAAAACAAUGUUCCCACCAGACUGUUCCUACAACCUAAUGAAACAUUCUGGGAACCUUUAAAGAACAGACAAACUGUGUUCUGGGAACGUUCUUGUUACAUCAGGUGAAUGUUUUUUGCACCCUAAAAUAAACAUUGUAGAAUAGUUUUUUUGUGUUUUGGGAACUUAUCUUUUGUGAUGUCCCAACAAUGUUCCCUCCAGACUGUUCCCAAAACCUAAUGAAACAUUCUGGGAACCUUUAAAGAACAGACAAAAUAUGUUCUAGGAACUUCUUGCAACAUCAGUGGAAUGUUUUAUACAAACAUUAUAUAAUCCGUAUGACUGGACAGUUUCUGUGUUAUGAGAACAUUUGCCGCAACCUAACUAAUGUUCUGGGAAAUUUCACAUAUCAAAUUUUGGUUUGCUCGGAAACAUUACUGGUACAUUGUGUUAUUAAUUUACCUGGAAACCUAAUGAGAACUUUUGGGGAAUGUUCUGUGGUGGUUGUUACAGAUGUUAUGCACAACAUUUUAGUGAAUGUUAGGAGAACAGUCCAAGGAUAUUUCAUUUAAAUAAUUUUUUGCAAAAAAUAUUUUGUUAUCAAAAACAUUAUUUCAAUGUUUUUGGGAUGUUAUCCUCCUAAUAUUAGAUAAACCCCUAACUAGAACUUAAUGGGAAUCUUACCUAAUGUUCUGGGAAUGUUCCCAGUUUGCUUGGUCAGGAGUCUAAUAUUACUCCGGACUUCACAGGCUAGAAUUAGACCUUCAAUAUCCACAAAUGAGUACACUUGCCAAAUGAAUACAGUUAUGUAUUAGAUCUAUUUGAGUAGACUUUUAUUCAAACAAAAAGUGAACAGAGCAGAUAUUGCAAUAACACACUCGUACACACUUGCUGUGCGGAUCCCCCUGGCUGAAUGAGCCUAGUGUGUCAGGGAGCAUGCUCGGUUUAUAGGCUGUUUACACUGAAUGAAUAUGGGUGUCCGUGUGAACGAGGGAUGUGAGCGAAGAGAGGAGAGCACAUUCACAUCCAUUUCAUUGUGUUUAUUUAUCUUGGCAGUUAUUAAAGAGCAUUCCUGUACUGUUUGUCUUUUUUGGGAUGCUUUUUGUCUCCCGACCUGACGCGCUAUGAUGGGACACUGUGCUGCUUGAAGUGAUGGUUUCUGAUGCUGCGGUUUGUGGUGAUGUUCAGGGCCAUGCUAACUUUCCUUCUCCCUCCCUCCAUACAGCCUGUUCUGUGGGUCAGUUUAGGUCUGGCUCGGGGGGGCAGUGCCAGGCCUGUCCAGGGUUCAGCCAUGCUGUGGUGACAGGCUCACCUGUGUGUCAGUGUCGUCCAGGAUACCUCCGCGCCAACUCUGACACCCCAGAUACCCCAUGUACCAGUGAGUACAAACAUUAUUACAUACAUACUCUAACCUCUAUUUGUUUUCACCUGAUACUCUCUUUCUCUCUCUCUUUCUUUCUCUCUCUCUCUCUCUCUCUCUCUCUCUCUCUCUCUCUCUUUCUCUCUCUCUCUCUCUCUCUCUCUCUCUCUCUCAAUUCAAUUUCAAAUUAAGGGCUUUAUUGGCAUGGGAAACAUAUGUUAACAUUGCCAAAGCUAGUGCAGUACACUACCAGUCAAAAGUUUGGACACACCUACUCAUUCAAGGUGUUUUCUUUAUUUCUUACUAUUUUUUACAUUGUAGAAUAAUAGUGAAGACAUCAAAACUAUGAAAUAACACAUAUGGAAUCAUGUAGUAACCAAAAAAGUGUUAAACAAAUCAAAAUAUAUUUUAUAUUUGAGAUUCUUCAAAUAGCCACCCUUUGCCUUGAUGACAGCUUUGCACACUCUUGGCAUUCAACCAGCUUCACCUGGAAUGCUUUACCAACAGUCUUGAAGGAGUUCCCACAUAUGCUGAGCACUUGUUGGCUGCUUUUCCUUCACUCUGUGGUCCGACUCAUCCCAAACCAUCUCAAUUGGGUUGAGGUUGGGUGAUUGUGGAGGCCAGGUCAUCUGAUGCAGCACUCCAUCACUCUCCUUCUUGGUAAAAUAGCCCUUACACAGCCUGGAGGUGUGUUGGGUCAUUGUCCUGUUAAAAAACAAAUGAUAGUCCCACUAAGCCCAAACCAGAUGGGAUGGCGUAUCGCUGCAGAAUGCUGUGGUAGACAUCCACUGCAGGAGGCCGGUGACUGUUCUAGUGCCCUCGCCAAUUUGUUGAUAUAAACUCAGCAAACUGCGUUUAUUUUCAGCAAACUUAACAUGUGUAAAUAUUUGUAUGAACAUAACAAGAUUCAACAACUGAGACAUAAACUGAACAAGUUCCACAGGCAUGUGACUAACAGAAAUUGAAUAAUGUGUCCCUGAACAAAGGGGGGGUCAAAAUCAAAAGUAACAGUCAGUAUCUGGUGUGGGCACCAGCUGCAUUAAGUACUGCAGUGCAUCUCCUCAUGGAAUGCACCAGAUUUGCCAGUUAUUGCUGUGAGAUGUUACCCCACUCUUCCACCAAGGCACCUGCAAGUUCCCAGACAUUUCUGGGGGGAAUGGCCCUAGCCCUCACGCUCCGAUCCAACAGGUCCCAGACUUGCUCAAUGGGAUUGAGAUCCGGGCUCUUCCCUGGCCAUGGCAGAACACUGACAUUCCUGUCUUGCAGGAAAUCAUGCACAGAACGAUCAGUAUGGCUGGUGGCAAUGUCAUGCUGGAGGGUCAUAUCAGGAUGAGCCUGCAGGAAGGGUACAACAUGAGGGAGGAGGAUGUCUUCCCUGUAACGCACAGCGUUGAGAUUGCCUGCAAUGACAACAAGCUCAGUCCGAUGAUGAUGUGACACACCGCCCCAGACCAUGUGGGACCCUCCACUUCCAAAUCGAUCCCGCUCCAGAGUACAGGCCUCGGUGUAACGCUCAUUCCUUCGACGAUAAACGCAAAUCCAAUUAUCACCCCUGGUGAGACAAAACCGCGACUCGUCAGUGAAGAGCACUUUUUUGCCAGUCCUGUCUGGUCCAGCGAUGGUGGGUUUAUGCCCUUAGGCGACGUUGUUGCCGGUGAUGUCUGGUGAGGACCUGCCUUACAACAGGCCUACAAGCCCUCAGUCCAGCCUAUUGCGGACAGUCUGAGCACUGAUGGAGGGAGUGUGCAUUCCUGGUGUAACUUGGGCAGUUGUUGUUGCCAUCCUGUACCUUCCCGCAUGUGUGAUGUUCGAAUGUACCGAUCCUGUGCAGGUGUUGUUACACGUGGUCUGCCACUGCGAGGACGAUCAGUUGUCCGUCCUUUCUCCCUGUAGCGCUGUCUUAGGCGUCUCACAGUACAGACAUUGCAAUUUAUUGCCCUGGUCACAUCUGCAGUCCUCAUGCCUCCUUGCAGCAUGCCUAAGGCCCAUUCACGCAGAUGAGCAGGGACCCUGGGCGUCUUUCUUUAGGUGUUUUUCAGAGUCAGUAGAAAGGCAUCUUUAGUGUCCUAAGUUUUCAUAACUGUGACCUAAAUUGCCUACCGUCUGUAAGCUGUUAGUGUCUUAACGACCGUUCCACAGGUUCAUGUUCAUUAAUUGUUUAUAGUUAAUUGAACAAGCAUGGGAAACAGUGUUUAAACCCUUUACAAUGAAGAUCUGUGAAGUUAUUUGGAUUUUUACAAAUUAUCUUUGAAAGACAGGGUCCUGAAAAAAUGACUUUUCUUUUUUUGCUGAGUUUAAAUAUUGAAGGGGGUGGGACUUAGGCUGCUUCCCUGUCGCACCCCACGGCCAUGUGGAAAGAAAUGUGUGUGUUUUUUGCCAAUUUUUACCGCACACUUGUUGUUUGUGUACAUUUUAUAAUGUCGUAUGUUUUUCCCCCAACACCACUUUCCAUCAAUUUGUAUAGCAGACCCUCAUGCCAAAUUGAGUCAAAAGGUUUUUAAAAUCAACAAAGCAUGAGAAGACUUUGCCUUUGUUUUGGUUUGUUGGUCAAUUAGGGUGUGCAGGGUGAAUAUGUGGUCUGUCGUACGGUAAUUUGGUAAAAAGCUAAUUUGACAUUUGCUCAGUACAUUGUUUUCACUGAGGAAAUGUACGAGUCGGCUGUUAAUGAUAAUGCAGAGGAUUUUCCCAAGGUUGCUGUUGACGCAUAUCCCACGUAGUUAUUGGGGUCAAAUUUGUCUCCACUUUUGUGGAUUGGGGUGAUCAGUCCUUGGUUCCAAAUAUUGGGGAAGAUGCCAGAGUUAAGGAUGAUGUUAAAGAGUUUAAGUAUAGCCAAUUGGAAUUUGUGGUCUGUAUAUUUUAUCAUCUCAUUGAGGAUACCAUCAACACCACUGGCCUUUUUGGGUUGGAAGGUUUGUAUUUUGUCCUGUAGUUCAUUCAAUGUAAUUGGAGAAUUCCAUGGGUUCUGGUAGUCUUUAAUAGUUGAUUCUAAGAUUUGUAUUUGAUCAUGUAUAGGUUUUUGUUGUUUGUUCUUUGUUAUAGGGCCAAAAAGAUUGGAGAAGUGGUUUACCCAACUCCGUUUUGGAUAGAUAACUCUUCGUGUUGUUGUUUGUUUAGUGUUUUCCGAUUUUCCCAGAAGUGGUUACAGUCUAUGGAUUCUUCAAUUACAUUGAGCUGAUUUCUGACGUGCUGUUCCUUCUUUUUCCAUAGUGUAUUUCUGUUUUGUUUUACUGAUUCACUUUGCAUUCUUCAUCAAACCAUUUGUCAUUGUUGUUAAUUUUGUUCGGUUUUCUGUUAGAAUUUUUUUGAUUUGAUAGGGAAGCCGAGAGGCUAAAUAUACAGUUUAGGUUUUCUACUGCCAAGUUUACACCUUCACUAUUACAGUGAAACGUUUUGUCCAGGAAGUUGUCUAAAAGGGAUUGAAUUUGUUGUUGCCUAAUGGUUUUUUUGGUAGGUUUCCACAAUACUUUCCUUCCGUCUAUAGCAUUUCUUAAUAUUAUUCAGUUCCUUUGGCUUUGAUGCCUCAUGAUUGGGUAUUGCUCUGUUCAAGUAGACUGUGAUUUUGCUGUGAUCUGAUAGGGGUGUCAGUGGGCUGACUGUGAACGCUCUGAGAGACUCUGGGUUGAGGUCGGUGAUAAAGUAGUCUACAGUACUACUGCCAAGAGAUUAGCUAUAUGUAUACCUACCGUAGGAGUCCUCUCAAAGCCUACCAUUUACUAUGUACAUACACAACGUGCGACAGAGCUGCAGGAGUUGUGACCCGUUUUUGUUGGUUAUGUUGUCGUAGUUGUGCCUACGGGGGCAUAUGGGGGAGGGAAUGCUGUCACCUCCAGGUAGGUGUUUGUCCCCCUGUGCGCUGAGGUGUCAGGUUCUUGUCCAGUUCUGGCAUUUAGGUCGCCACAGACUAGUGCAUGUCCCUGGGCAUGGAAAUGAUUGAUUUCCCCCUCCAGGAUGGAGAAGCUGUCGUCAUUAAAGUAUGGGGAUUCUAGUGGGGGGAUAUAGGUAGCACAACAGGAAGACAUUUUUCUCUGUGAGAUCACUUCCUUUUGAAUUUCUAGCCAAAUGUAAAAUGUUCCUGUUUUGAUUAAUUUAGGUCUGCUCUAUACCAAAUUAGCAUACACCCUGAGACCCUUCCCUGUUUCACACCUGGUAGUUUGGUGGAUGGAACUACCAGCUCUCUGUAACCUAGAGGGCAACCAGUGGGUCCAUCUCCUCUAUACCAUGUUUCUUGUAGGAUGACAAUGUCUGUAUUUCUGAUUGCUUUGGUGAAGUCUAGGUUCCUGCUCUUUAGGCCAAAGGCAGAUGACCUCAGGCCUUGGAUAUUCCAGGAUGAGAUAGUGAAGGCUUUGUGUUCCAUAAAGUGUCCAAUGUUGUUAGUCGUGUGGUUUGGCCUCAGACCAGUAAGUGUGAGCAGAGCCUGCUGAGCAUCUGGUAUAUGCCUCUCUCUCUCUUUCUCUUUCUCUCUCUCUCUUUCUCUCUCUCUCUUUCUCUCUCUGUCUCUCUCUCUCUCUCUCUCUCUCUCUCUCUCUCUCUCUCUCUCUCUCUCUCUGUGUCUCUGCGCUACUUUCACUUUCAACAUGUUUCUCUUGUUCCCCUACCUCCUUUGUUGUCCCUUGCUUCUCUUCAGCUUCUCUUUUCCUCUGGUGUUGCUCUCACCUGCUCUUAGGUCAGGGCUGAGAGUAUUGAGAUGCGGCUCCUUUGUGGCGGUGUAGAGGGGGCGGGGCAGAGCCUGGUGGUCACUCCCAGUAAGGGAAGCAUUGAUGGCCCUGAGUGACACCUCCAUGUGGAUUCAGGAAUUUCAAUUCAGCCACGUGUGAAAGAGGAGGCAUUUUUAAUUGGGCACACUCACUCAGAAUGGCCAUGAAAAGACUUCGGAACCAACAGCAAUUGGCAGAAGACUGAAACCCUGUCGAGGACCAAAAUAAUUCCCUGUGUAGACUCUGCUAACCUAUUACACCACAGGUUUAAUUAAAGCUGUCUCUAAUUAAGACAGACAGUUGAAUUAUUUUAAUCACUCCUGAUAUUUUUGCUAAUCACAGCCCCCCCCAACACGCCCCCCCCCUAAAUGUUGACUUUUUUAAUUUGACGUAAAUUCAACCUAAAUUAAAGUAGGUCCAUGUGAUGGUACACAACUGUCUCCUACUUGUGGCCACCCCAACCUCCCAGAGAGCAUUGUGCCACACAGCCUCAUUGGCAGGAGCAGGAACUAAUUCAUACUGGCUGGUUGGCGUUGCAAUUGUGGCAGAAAUCACAAUCCCCCUACUACAAUCUUCAGCUGCUGAUCAUUAUCAAAAUAUAGACGCAUGUAAUUGGAGCACCAAUUCAAUCCUGCAUCACAAUGUUGUUUCCUGCUGUGCCCCUCAGCCGCUCUUCCCCGGCGGCUCCUCCAGACGCUAGCUGAAAUGUGUCUGGAGCGUAACAAAUAGCAAAUAAAAUGCAAGUGAUUUAAUUGACAAUGCAAAUCUGAAACAGAGGAACAGUAAUAUGGCACAUCGGGCCAGUAAAGUGCCUUCAAAUGGAAAAUGUCUUAGUACUUUUGGCUGAUGAAGUAUUUAUGAUUGCUGAUUGCCUAAUGAGGUGGUGUGUGACCCUUUCCUCUCCCCCCCUGUCCUCCAGGACCCCCCUCUGCCCCACGCAGCAUCGUGACCCAGAUCAACGACACCACGGUGACACUAGAGUGGAGCGAGCCCAUGGACAGCGGCGGCAGGACUGACCUGAGCUACUCUGUGGAGUGUUCUCUGUGUGGGACCCCUAGGGGUCCGUGCUCCCCCUGCGGGGACAAUGUCAGCUACAGACCCUCUCAGCGAGGCCUGCUGGGCCGCAGGGUGGUGGUCUGGGGCCUCAUGCCUCACACCACAUACACCUUCUCUAUCCAGGCCCUCAAUGGGGUCUCCCCGUCCAAUGGCAAAGGGGCACCCAGCGAUAGAGUUAACAUCACCACCAGUCACGAGGGUGAGAGAGGGAUGUUUGGGUUUGUGGUUGGUGUUGUAUGGUUAGAAGAGGAAGUUGAGUGUUGUUCUAUCUUUUAAAGUUGUUUAAAUGUGUUUGUCAGUUCCAGUGCUGGUGUCUGUGAUCAGGAAGAGUAUCUCUACAGAGAGCAGUCUGACUCUCCACUGGUCAGUUCCAGCCCAGCCCCACUACACCAUCCUGCAAUACCAGCUACGCUACUGUGAGACGGUAAGGAUGACCAGACACACUAUCUCUCUCUCUCCUCCCAUUGUUAAAUAAUACUGUAGCACUGACUCCCCUCAGGUCUUAGGGAGUUGACUGUUCUAUCUGUGUCCAUCACUCUUACCUCUCUCCCACUGGCUCAACCCGUUGUUCUUAUCUGCUUUUGUUCUCCCUCCAUCCCUCUCUCCCUCCAUCCCUCUCUCCAUCCAUCGUCUAUCUCUCCCUCCAUCCCUCUCUCCCUCCAUUCCUCUCUCGCUCCAUCGUCUCUCUCUCCCUCCAUCCCUUUCUCCGUCCCGCAGGAGCGUCGAGGUGAGGAGCAGUUGUGUCGCUACAGGGAGAGUGACAGUAACCAGGUGGUGCUGAGUGAUCUCCGCAGGGCCACUCAGUAUGAGGUGCAGGUCCGGGCUCGCACCAUGGCCGGCUAUGGCAGCUUCAGCCCAGCAGCCUCCUUCAGAACCCUGCCUGACGGUAAAGAAAGGCCCAGGCUUCACUCUCUCAGAGAGGCCUGUACAUAUCCAGGCCAACAAAGUCUUCUAGGUUUCUUCUAGUUUUGUGUGUGUUAGUUCCACCCUGUUGUUCUAGUUUAUUUGCCAGAAUACAUUAGUUAAUCAGUUACAACAUUUGUUUUGGUGUAUUUUUGACGUUUCCUUGUUACUAAUUUUUCUAUUUUUCCCUGUACCUGCACCCCCCCUACUUUUCUCUCCUUUUCAUCCUUUUUUCAGGGGACGACUCUCCUAACCAGCUACUGAUGACCAGUUUCCUUAUCGCCAUGGGGAUGCUGCUGCUCAUCACUGUUGUCACUGUGGCUGUCUUAUGCAUACGGUGAGAGCCGGGGAGAAAGAGAGGGCGAGACAGGGACAUAAAUUCUGUAAUGUGAAUAAAUAAAUAAAUAACAUAUGGAUCUUAUCUUAACUUUGACAUUUUUGUAACCUCUACCAAUCGUAUCUUAUUGAGCUUAGAUAAUAACUCUGCUACCUACAAACAGUAUGUCAUAUUUGAGCAAAACUCUCACAGAACCAAAUACAUUUUCUUUGUGCUUUGGAGGCUAGAAGUUAUUCCACUCACUACAACCCUUUCCCUGGGCCUCAUUGUUUCAGCAAACAGCCACACAUGCCCUCUGAAAAAAGGUUAUGGGAACAUGGGGAACCAGAGAGUGAGGAAGAGAGAGAGGAAGAGAGAGAGAGGGAGGGAGAGAGAGAGAGAGAAAGAAAGCGAGAGAGAGCGGGAGGGAGAGAGAGAGAAAGAGAGGGGGGGGAGAUGGAGGGAGGGAGGCGGUCAGUGACAGGAUGCAGCCGUCCCAACCCUGUCUCCACAGGACCGGAGAACAAUAGUCCUGACCUUGGGGCACACACCAUACACACACCAUACACACACCAUACACACACCAUACACAACCGUCACUGAGUGCACCGAAACAUUCCGACUUGACACAAUAGCACACACUACGACACUACAUGGUAAUCACAUACCGAAAAGUACAGAGUUGAUGCACAUGAAACAUCAUACCAGAAUGCACACAACAGUACACAUAGAUGUGGAUGCCAACUCUGAGGAUGGACAGAUGUGUUGAGGCACUGUGAAGAAAUACGCAAUGCACACAAGAACACUCCACAGAGAGGUGACCACGACUGAGAGGAGGACAGAGAUGGGCCGAAGAGAAGAAGAGUGAAGAAGGAGAGAAGAAGAGAGAGAGAGAGAUAGAGGAGAGAGAGAGAGAGAGAGAUAGAGAGAGUGAGGGAGAGAAGGAGAGAGUGAGCUGAGAGAGAGGGGAGAGGAGAGAGUGAGGAGAGUAGAGAGAGUGGAGAGUGACGAGAGUCUCCUAGAGUGAUGUUCUGCGUAUGAGAGGUCUAUGGACUGCUCCUCUUACUCUUGUCUAUUAUCUGCGAAUCUCCUCUCUUUCGUGAGGGCCCGUAGAAGUUUUUUUUUCUCUCUUCUCUUCCUGAUGAGCCGAGAGAGAGAGAGAGAGAGGCAGGGGUCCAGUAGCUACAGGGCUGUACAGUCCUACUGGGAUGGGGCCAAAGGAAGUCUCACUAAUGGAGGCCUCCAGCACAGUGCACAGCAGACACAGACACACAGUCAGCCACACAGAGCAGAGUGGCUCCUGAAUGGGGGAGAACAGUAGAGGAGAGCCCAGGGUCAAGGCAUUACUUCAUCUACCAGUCAUGUAUUGUGUCUGAGACAGAGAGAUACCAGCUUGUUUGUGACACAUAAAAACACCCAGGGAGAGAUUAGAGACAGUGUUAUGUCACCGGACUAACAACCUCUUUCUUCCUGUCUCUCCCUCUAUCUCUCUUUCUCUGACACCUUGACGCUUUUCUCUCGUUCCCCCUCUCUCUCCUUCUUCUCCCACACUCUGUUCUUUUCCACAGCAGACACAGUAGAAUGAAGGACCCAGAGCUGAGUGACAAACAUGGACAGUACCUCCUGGGCCAAGGUGAGUACACACACACACACACACACACACAUGCACACACACAUGCACACACGCAAAUAGUGCAUACAGAUUUGUUCAAAGUCAUGUUUUUCAUCUUUUAGUCUGUAUGUGACCAUGACUGGUUUGUCGUUUAAUUCCCCCCCCCUCCUCUCCUCAGGAGUCAAGGUCUAUAUUGACCCCUUCACCUACGAGGACCCUAACGAAGCCGUACGGGAGUUUGCCAAGGAGAUCGAUGUUUCCUUUGUCAAGAUCGAGGAGGUCAUUGGUGCCGGUGGGUCUCACGCUUUCUCUCUGUGAUGUUAUUUCUUGCUGCCUGUUAACAGACUGGUUGAUAGGGUGCUGUACUAUCAUGUAUGUAUUGUAAUGAGUAAUGUUUCCCUGGCUUGUCUCUAGGGGAGUUUGGGGAGGUGUGUCGGGGCAGGCUGAAGGUCCCAGGGAAGAAGGAGAACUACGUGGCCAUCAAGACUCUGAAGAGCGGCUACACGGACAAACAGAGGCGGGACUUCCUGUCGGAGGCUAGCAUCAUGGGCCAGUUCCAGCACCCCAACAUCAUCCACCUGGAGGGCAUCAUCACAGCCUCCUGUCCCGUCAUGAUCCUCACUGAGUUCAUGGAGAACGGAGCGCUUGACUCCUUCCUUAGGGUCAGUAUCUACAGUGGGGAGAACAAGUAUUUGAUACACUGCCGAUUUUGCAGGUUUUCCUACUUACAAAGCAUGUAGAGGUCUGUAAUUUUUAUCAUAGGUACACUUCAACUGUGAGAGACAGAAUCUAAAACAAAAAUCCAGAAAAUCACAUUGUAUGAUUUUUAAGUAAUUAAUUUGCAUUAUAUUGCAUGACAUAAGUAUUUGAUCACCUACCAACCAGUAAGAAUUCCGGCUCUCACAGACCUGUUAGUUUUUCUUUAAGAAGCCCUCCUGUUCUCCACUCAUUACCUGUACUAACUGCACCUGUUUGAACUCGUUACCUGUAUAAAAGACACCUGUCCACACGCUCAAUCAAACAAACUCCAACCUCUCCACAAUGGCCAAGACCAGAGAGCUGUGUAAGGACAUCAGGGAUAAAAUUGUAGACCUGCACAAGGCUGGGAUGGGCUACAGGACAAUAGGCAAGCAGCUUGGUGAGAAGGCAACAACUGUUGGUGCAAUUAUUAGAAAAUGGAAGAAGUUCAAGAUGACGGUCAGUCACCCUCGGUCUGGGGCUCCAUGCAAGAUCUCACCUUGUGGGGCAUCAAUGAUCAUGAGGAAGGUGAGGGAUCAGCCCAGAACUACACAGCAGGACCUGGUCAAUGACCUGAAGAGAGCUGGGACCACAGUCUCAAAGAAAACCAUUAGUGACACACUACGCCGUCAUGGAUUACAAUCCUGCAGUGCACGCAAGGUCCCCCUGCUCAAGCCAGCGCAUGUCCAGGCCCGUCUGAAGUUUGCCAAUGACCAUCUGGAUGAUCCAGAGGAGGAAUGGGAGAAGGUCAUGUGGUCUGAUGAGACAAAAAUAUAGCUUUUUGGUCUAAACUCCACUCGCCGUGUUUGGAGGAAGAAGAAGGAUGAGUACAACCCCAAGAACACCAUCCCAACCGUGAAGCAUGGAGGUGGAAACAUCAUUCUUUGGGGAUGCUUUUCUGCAAAGGGGACAGGACGACUGCACCGUAUUGAGGGGAGGAUGGAUGGGGCCAUGUAUCGCGAGAUCUUGGCCAACAACCUCCUUCCCUCAGUAAGAGCAUUGAAGAUGGGUCGUGGCUGGGUCUUCCAGCAUGACAACAACCCGAAACACACAGCCAGGGCAACUAAGGAGUGGCUCCGUAAGAAGCAUCUCAAGGUCCUGGAGUGGCCUAGCCAGUCUCCAGACCUGAACCCACUAGAAAAUCUUUGGAGGGAGCUGAAAGUCCGUAUUGCCCAGCGAAAGCCCCGAAACCUGAAGGAUCUGGAGAAGGUCUGUAUGGAGGAGUGGGCCAAAAUCCCUGCUGCAGUGUGUGCAAACCUGGUCAAGACCUACAGGAAACGUAUGAUCUCUGUAAUUGCAAACAAAGGUUUCUGUACCAAAUAUUAAGUUCUGCUUUUCUGAUGUAUCAAAUACUUAUGUCAUGCAAUAAAAUGCAAAUUAAUUACUUAAAAAUCAUACAAUGUGAUUUUCUGGAUUUUUUUUUUAGAUUCAGUCUCUCACAGUUGAAGUGUACCUAUGAUAAUAAUUACAGACCUCUACAUGCUUUGUAAGUAGGAAAACCUGCAAAAUCGACAGUGUAUCAAAUACUUGUUCUCCCCACUGUAUAUAGCGCUCUCUCUGAGCCUUCCACACACACACACAAACACACACACACACACACACACACACACAUAACUCCUUCCAUUCUUUCACUAUGUCACUUCUGGUCUCUGACUCUCCCUCAACCCCACCCCUCUUACACAUAUUUAAUUGUUUCUCCCAGAUCUCUAACUCUUUCGUCUUCCCUCUCUGUAGUUGAACGAUGGUCAGUUCACUCCCAUCCAGCUGGUGGGCAUGCUGCGUGGCAUCGCGUCGGGAAUGAAGUAUCUGUCUGAGAUGAGCUAUGUCCACAGAGACUUGGCCGCCCGCAACAUCCUGGUCAACAGCAACCUGGUGUGUAAGGUGUCUGACUUCGGCCUGUCCCGCUUCCUCCAGGAGAACUCCUCAGACCCCACCUACACCAGCUCUCUGGUGAGACUACUGCACCCCGUUCUUCCUCAACACCAAGCCCAUAUAUGGUUAUGGUGUGUGGUUGUUGACUGCAUAUGGUUAUGGUGUGUGGUUGUUGACUGCAUAUGGUUAUGGUGUGUGGUUGUUGACUGCAUAUGGUUAUGGUGUGUGGUUGUUGACUGCAUAUGGUUAUGGUGUGUGGUUGUUGACUCCUCUCUUUUAUCAGGGUGGUAAGAUCCCCAUCCGCUGGACCGCCCCAGAGGCCAUCGCCUUCAGGAAGUUCACCUCAGCCUCCGACGCCUGGAGCUACGGCAUCGUCAUGUGGGAGGUCAUGUCCUUCGGAGAGAGGCCCUACUGGGACAUGAGCAACCAGGAUGUGAUCAACGCCAUAGAGCAGGACUACCGCCUACCGCCGCCCCCUGACUGCCCCACCCACCUCCACCAGCUGAUGCUGGAUUGCUGGCAGAAGGGGCGCUCGGCCCGCCCUCGCUUUGCCGCCAUCGUCAGCGCCCUGGACAAGCUGAUCCGCAACCCUGCCUCACUCAAGAUCAUGGCCCAGGAGGGUGCAGGGUGAGUGGGCACAGAUCUAUAGGCGAGAGGGGUGGGUGUGGAGGGUGCGUGGAGAGUCAGAGAAGGUAGUGUGGGUUUAAACACAAAGCAUGAGGUAAAGACAGGGAAAUGACUGUCUAACCACCUGGAGUAUUGUAUAUCCUGUCCCCUAAUAGAGCCCCAGUCUUCCUUCCAGUACUUCAUUCCUAGAAUACAGUCCUGUCUAUCAGAGAGUCAGUCUACAUGAACCUCCUACUGUCCCUCCUCUGUCCUGCUCCUCUGUCCUGCUCCUCUGUCCUGCUCCUCUGCCCUGCUGUGACCUGUCAGGCUCUAGCUGUGCCCAUCAUCUCCCCCUCUCCCACCCCAAAUACUGACCUGUCACUCACAGCCUGGCCCACGCCCCCUCCCCUCCAGCAGCCAUUGUUGUUACCUGUCACUCAUGCAGCCUUAGAUCCCGCCCCUAUUCCGUGGACAUGCCUGUGAGGCCGCUGGUGUGCUGGUGACAAAGAGUGUGUGUGUGACGUGUCCCUGUGUGUGUCCCCUGUCCCCAGGCCGUCCCACCCCCUGCUGGACCAGCGGGCCCCCCCGGCCCCCUCAGCGUGUGGCUCCGUGGGGGAGUGGCUGAGGGCCAUCAAAAUGGAGCGCUAUGAGGACAGCUUCCUCCAGGCUGGAUUCACCUCUGUAGACCUGCUGGCCCAGAUCACUGCUGAGUGAGUUCACACCUACAACAAUGUAGCUGUCUGUCUGUCUCUGGGUGUCUUGAAGUUGAGUCACUCUCUACGACCAUAGCUCUGUAUCUCUGUCUGCCUGUCUAUCUGGCUGUCUGUCUGCCUAUCUGUCAGUCUGUCUGUCAGUCUGUCUGUCUGCCUGUCUGUCUGUCUGUCUAUCAGUCUGUCUGUCUGCCUAUCUGUCAGUCUGUCUGCCAAUCUGUCUGUCUGCCUGUCUGUCUGUCUGUCUGCCUAUCUGUCUGUCUGUCUGUCUGCCUAUCUGUCUGUCAGUCUGUCUGCCUAUCCGUCAGUCUCUCUGUCUGCCUAUCUGUCUCUGUCUGUUUAUCUAACAGUAUGUCCUUCUCCUCAGGGACUUGCUGCGUCUGGGAGUGACCCUGGCUGGACACCAGAGGAAGAUCCUGUCCAGCAUCCAGACUCUGACCAUGACCAAGAGCCCUGUAACCAUACGCUUCUAA